CACCGUCCUUUUGCCUGCGAUUCUUCCUCCACGAGAACUUCCUUUCGCAACGAAACAAACGAAACCAAACCAAACCAAACCAAACCAAAACAACCAGACAACCACCAUGGCAGCUCCGCCGUCGAAGCAAUCCCCGUCGAACCAGAAAAUGCACGGGUCCGACGACGGGACAAGGGCCACCCCUCCGAAGGAGGCCCGGCCCGCCCUCAAGGACCCUCCCCCCUCCUCGGUCUCCCGUCCGGCAACGGCCGGUGGGGCAACCCAAGCGGACCCCCCCACCUACGAUUCCUCCGAAUCCUCCGAGCGCUGCCUCCUGGCCCGGCAGCUCCUGAACAAGGACGACUUUGAGACCGCCCUCUCCCUCGUCGAGGAGCAGCUGGCCGAGACCACCGAGGCCGUCCGCUCGGCCCUCGGGCCGGAGGGGGCCGACCUCCACGAGGCCCUGGCGCCCCUCCACUACCUCUACGGGACGACCCUCCUGUACAGCCUCGAGGAGGCCCGGGGGGACGCCGGGGCCGCCUGCGUCGUGGCCGGGGGGGUUGCGGACGCCAGCGCGAACGCCGAAACCAGCGCCCCUCCGGCGGCCGGGGACCAGGACGCCGAGGACAUCCAGAUUGCCUGGGAGAACCUCGACGCGGCGAGGGCGAUCGUCGAAGCGAUGCUCCUGGCCGGGGAAGAAACGCUGGCACCGGCGAGGGCGGCCAAGCUGCGGCUGUGAGUCUCGCGGGUGUGUGUGUGUGUGUGUGUGUGUGUGUGUGUGUGUGUGUGUGUGUGUGUGUGUGUGUGUGUGUGUGUGUGUGUGUGUGUGUGUUUGCUCUGCUUCUGCUCUGCUCUGCUUUGGUGUUUGCAGUUUUUUUGGGUUUUGCCGCCUCGGUUUUGUUCUCACUCUUGUUUCCCCCGAUGGUUCGCUCCCUUUGGUGCAUCGCUGUUCUGCACCCACACACCCAAACCCGAUGGCAACGACACCACACAGCGACCUGGCCCAGAUCCACCUGCGGGAGGGCGAUCUGCAGCGGACCAACGGCAACUACACCUCCGCGGUGGGGGACUAUUCCAGGUGCUUGGAAAUUCUGCAGGAGCACAACCGCACCCCCGACGAGAAGGGGACCCCCCGCAACCUGGACCGCAAGAUUGCCGACACCCAGUUCAACCUCGGGCUGACCUACCUCACGAGCAGCAGCGACCUCCAGAAGGCCCUCGCGGGCCGGACCGGAAAGACCGAGGACCCGGCCUCGGAGGCCCGGAAGAAGAAGGAGGCCGAGACGCUGGCGAGGGACCACUGCGAGAGGGGCGUCCUGCAGCAGGUCGACUGCGCCGGGACCUUUUGCGGGAUCCUGGCCGGCCUCUGCGGGGCCGACCCGGAGACCGUCUUGUCGGCGACGCGGGGGGGGGGCUCCCCGGGGCCCAAGACGACGGGGCUGGACGACGGGGGCGCCCCCCUCCUCUCCGAGGCGGCGACCGCCGCCUCGCGGAGGCUAGAGGCCUGGAGGACCGCCGCGGCGGCACUGGUGGGGGACCGCUUCCCGGAGGUGGCCCCCUCGUUCGGGGGCGAGGACCACCGGAAGGUCCUGGACCUUCUGCAGCUCCUGGACGAGAUCCAGGAGACCAUCGACGAGGCGGAGCGGUCCCUGGAGGGCGUCCGGCAGGCGGCGGAGAUCCGGGUCCGGGCCCAGGAGGCCGCGGAGGGAAAGGCCUCGGAGGAACAAAAACACGCGGACGGGUCCACCACGACGAUCGGCUUUGGGCCGGCAACGGCCGUGGCGGCAACGGUGGCGUCCGGUGCCAGCGCCAAGCCCGUGAUGGUCGUAAAGAAGAAAAAAAAGAAGAGAACCGGGGCCGGGGCCACGGAAGACGGCUCGCCGGGGAAGCCGGCCGCCGAGAACGAGGCCUCCGGCGGCGGCGGCAAGCGAGCCAGGACGGAUUAGGGCCGUGGAGCCACCGCCGGAAUCGCGCGAUUGGAAUCCGUGUGGGACACAGGCCGUACUCGUUGGUCGAAUGCCACGCUUUUGGAGUGUGGAGACGCCCGGGGCUAGGCAACCGACAGAAUAGGAUAGGAUAGGAUAGGAUAACUCCGAAAUGGGAUGGUCCGUUUUGCUUUCCACGAGUUAAGGAGCGUUAAAAGACCGGGCCUAUUUAUUUCUACACUUUGCUCUAUGUUUUGGCGCAAAUCGUGUCUUCCUUGUUGGGCUCCUGGCAUGUUUGGUUCGAACACUGGUUGCAAUAGAGACCUGCACGAAAACACAGCCUUCUUUUCCGAUGUCUUUGUCGGUUUCGUUGACAAUGGUCUGUUGCGAGCGAUUGUCGCCGCACACCAACCACUGCCGCCAGGAAACGUCAUUCUGCUUACGGGGAAGGGCAUCGUGAAUCCACUCGUUUCGGAAGGCAUAGCCGCACCGCGUCAUGCCUCGUCGCAUACUUUCACCAGCCAUGUACUGUAUCGACCGUACAAACUACCGCACCGCAUCGGGGCCGCGCGGGUACGGCAGUUUGUUUCCCUAGAAUACGCACGCACUAGGUGGAACCUGGUGGACCAAAGCUGUCCCGACCUAGGGCGUCGGCUUUGUGGACCGAGGUGCCACCUCCGUAUUUUGCCGGGGUAGGAUUUUGGUUCGUCCUCCCUCGAGUACGCUUUGAACUCAGUUGUCCACUUCGUUCCAUCCGUUUCACUGCACGCGCCCGAGCGUACGUCUGUGCGUUGCGUCGCCUACAACCCAACGCGACUCGAAGUGGGCUUUUCCGGUGGUGGUCGGGACUUCCUUUGUCCUUCUAGCGGAGAUAGAAAUACAAGACGGGGACGGGUACGAAAAAGAACAGGAGGCACAAGAUGGGCAGGGCACAGGUACCAUCCGUUGUGAGGUAUCACCAAAUCUCGUCGCGUAUGUAGUCCCAAUCCCAAGAGGAGACCGGUGCCGUCGACGCGGUUUUCGCGGCAACGGUGUUCAUAUUCCUCGGUGGCAACGACGAUAACCCCGGAGCGGAAAAAGAAGCCACGGCCUCGGUAUAAUUCUCUUUGGCACCGUAGCCACAGCCCUCGCAGGCAUCUUUUCCCUCGUUGCUGUGGCAAACAAGGAAGUUUCGGUCUUCCAUGGUGACGCGAUUUCUGUUUCGUGUCGGAUCAACCUGUAAUACGGUACUGUUGCGACAAUGGUGUUGGCGGAAUGAGAUACGGUCUCGAAUCCUCGGAAUGGCUCGACGUAAAAAAGUUUUUUCUUCUAGAAGCUUCUCUCGGACCUCAAGAGCUGGUACGAAGUACGGUACUUUACUGUACGGUACAUGAAUUGUAUUGUACUACUACCGUACAUGAACUUCUACAGGAGUACAGUACCAUACUGUACAUAAGUUCCUCUUGGUUCGUACUGUAUGUAUGAUUCAUAAAGUACGAGCAUACUG